AUGUUCAAGAGCUCCGGGAAAAUGAACUCAGACACGGAAGCAUUUAAGGGCAUAAGGGUUGCAUGCGUUGAACUGUCCAAAACCGCCUUUUUGCCUGCUGAAUCAUUUGAUCCGAAUUCAUUAAAAUUGUUAGCAUGUUUGAAAAAAGUUGAAUUGAAGCUUUCAACUUACCAAGACGAUUCACUCUCCCCUAAAUUUGCAGAUUAUGUUUUUGUUCCUAUAGCAAGUUUAUUGAAACAGCCAACUCUUGGGGAAUCUCAAACAGAAUAUGUCCUAUUGAUCAUAUCGCACCUAUUACGGAUAUGUUGGUCAUCCAAUGGAAAACUUCCACAACAGUUGGCACAGCAACUGUUCCCCCUGAUUUCAUUUUUAAUAAGCCCAGAUAAAGAAAACCUCAAACUUAAUUCUCGGUCAGAUGAGUUUAGAUACGCUGGUAGUUUAGUCCUAUAUCAAUUUUUUGAUUCAUUAAGAUUCCAACAAUAUCACAAUGAAUUUUUUUCAAAUUCAAGUCCUAAAUCACUUCCCAGUUUAGGACAUUCUAUUACUAUUCUCCUGAAGAUUUUGGAGCAAACACCGCAAAAUAACGAGCUUCAAUUGAAAGUUUUAUCAGCUUUAGAAAUACUCUUUCAAGACAUUAUAACAGAUGGAGAAAUGCUCUCAUUUAUACUACCAGGAAAUGUUUCUGUCUUCUCCAAAAUACUAAUGAGACCUGGUCGUCAAAUACAUUACAAAGUGAGUGUUCGUACGCUGGAAGUCCUGGCCAAGUUGUUAGUAUUGGUUUAUGAUGAUUUUGGUUUACAAGUUCAAAUAAAUGAGUUGACAGAUAUUCGAGAAUUGAAGGAAACCGGGAUGAAGUCCGAACAAGAUCAAUCUUUUUCGUUUAAUAAACCCAUUAUUGUUUUACAGAAAGAUAAAGAAUCUGAUGGGAACACUCAUAGAGACACAAGUUGGUUAAGGGCAACUUCAAGCCAAAUUAAAAUUGCUUUAGAGGCCUUUAUUCCUAAGUUACUCAAACGCAAUAAUGACUCAAUCAAUGAGAAAUUAGCGUUGUUCGUUUCCACUCUGCUAGAUAGAUGUGCAAAGUCUCUGCAUAAUUGUGAGCCUGUAUUUGUAUCCACCUUAGUAAACUUACAGCGAGAUCCAAUGUUUAAAUUAUCUACACAUUUAGGCAGUUUGAAAGAAGUUCUCAAUGAAGAUCUGGGUAAGUUGAGUGAUACUAUUCGAUUCGAGAACACCGAUAAGUUGUCGAUCAUGGCAUAUGCGGUUAAUAUUUUACAAAAAGAUGAUGACGAUGACAUAUUGGUCAACGGAAUAGUUAAGCGUUUACUUGACUCGAUGAAUGAAUCCGUUGAACCCCUGAGUUUAGUCGAUAAAAAAGAUAGAAUAACAGAGCAAAGUAACCGAAUAACGACAAUGGUAAACUUCGAAAAAAUAGAAAAUAGAGACACUGUAAUUACUUUGCCAAGGUUGUCAAAAGAAAUUUCGGUAAACCUGCAAAAUUUUGCAUGUCAUAUUGGAUCCUUGCUAUUAGAAAACCAUAACCUAAACAAUGUAAUUAUGGAGUUGAUUUCAGAACAGGUUGGUUCGCCAAGGACACAAAAGAUAGUUGCAUUAUGGUUAAGUGCCAGUUUCCUCAAAGGGGCGGGGCGAAAACCAAGGGAGGAAGAAAAUUACCUGCAAUUUGGUUCAAGUAUAGAUGAUUCUGGCUCAGUAGUUGAAGAAUCGUGCUUAACAGUGCUGGAGUAUUGUAAUGAACUUUCUCAAGAUAUUAGUAUGAAAAUUGAGGGGAACGGUAUUAAAAAGAGCGAUGAAUUCGCCCUAUGCACAAUUUUAUCGUCCAUCGAAACAGUCUGUUCUGUCAUGAAGCGUGAUUUUCAACCAGAAUUAAUUGAUUAUAUAUAUACCGUUACUGAUGCCCUGGCAUCACCUUCUGAAGCCAUCAGGUAUGUGGGCCAGUCGUGUGCAUUGACCAUAGCGAAUACCUUGUAUGAUGGAUCCGUUUCCACUAUGAUCCUUAGAAACGUGGAUUACUUAGUAGAAUCUAUUUCUUCGAGGUUGAAUUCUGGGAUGACUGAAAGGGUAAGUAGCAUAUUGAUGGUGAUUUGUCAAUUGGCCGGCUAUGAAACUAUCGAAAGCUUUAAAGAUGUAAUUGAAACAAUAUUCAAGCUUCUGGAUUACUAUCAUGGAUAUAGUGAAUUAUGUCUUCAAUUUUUCCAGUUAUUUGAAACAAUCAUUUUGGAGAUGAAAAAAAAAUAUGUCAGUGAUGAUGAGAUGAUCUUGAAAAUAGCAAACCAACACCUUUCGCAAAGUACAUUUGCACCUUGGGGGAUGACUCGCUUUGAACAAGUGCUUAAUAUGUUAGAUAAAGAGACAGGAUCUAAAGAUGAUAUAAUGGAUGAUGCAAAACUGUUGGAAGAGAACACGGGGCCUAGUAGUUUCCAAGAAUACUUCGAUUCCAAGCUGAGAGAGCCAGACAGUGAUGACGAAGAAGAAGAAGAGCCAGAAGGAGAUAGUCCGAGUAAUGACGCGGAUCAGUGGGUCUCGCCUAUACCGCGGGACUCAUAUAAAAUACUACUACAAAUUCUAAGCUAUGGAGAAAGAUUGCUAACGCAUCCAUCAAAACGAUUAAGAGUGCAAAUUCUAUCUGUUAUGAGGCUGACUUUCCCCUUGUUAGCCACGCAACAUAAUCUGUUGAUAAAGGAGGUUGCCAGUACAUGGGAUUCCAUCGUCCAAUGUGUCGUAUGUGCGGACUAUUCAAUUGUUCAACCAGCAUGCAUGUGUGUCGAGCAGAUGAUUAAAUAUUCCGGAGAUUUUGUCUCUAAGAGGUUUGUCGAACUUUGGCGGAAAAUGUGCGAGGAAUCCUUUAUUUUGAAAGAACUAAGAGUCGAUCCGACGGUGCACAACGAUGAUACAAGAUGUAUAGAAAAGCGUGUAAAGUUUCCGCCAGUGACCGAAAACGCGCUGGUGUCAAUGGUGCAUAUGGUCUUGGAAGGUAUCAAGAUUACAGAAUACUUAGUCUCUGAGGCGGUGUUGGAGCAAAUGAUAUACUGUUGUGUUCAGGUUGUGCCAAUGGAGGAUAUAUCCGCUAUAUCUUUGAUUACGGGUGAUAUCGUGUGGAAAAUAAGAAAUAUAAAUUGA